GUGCCUCACUCUUACCACCCCUCCUGGCAGCCGCCUCUCUCUGCUGCAGCUCCAUCUGCUCUCACCUUUCCAGCCAGAAGCCCUUUGCCCUCCCAAUUGCCAUGCCCACGAGUGUUUGAAUAACACAGGGCAACAGGAGUGAACCUGAGCCCCCUGCUGCCCCCAUAGCGGCCAAACCCCUGACCCCACAAAAGGACCACAAAAUUCGGGAACCAGAGCCGGAGCAAAACAGUUAAUCGUCUAACUGAGCCCAGCCCAGUGUUGCAGAAAGGAAGAGGGCGGGACUCAGCUGUAUAAGAGGCGGUGGUGGCUAACUUUCUUUUACUUUCCCCUUUGACAUGCUGUCCUUCUUCGCCCGGGGAACCUGCCAGUGAAGACGCAGAGAAAUCACUCCGUGGCUGAUUGAGAACAGAGCUGGUGCGAGUGGCCAUGGAGGACAAGAAGGACCUGGGAGACAAACUACUCCAGAGGGCAAGGACAGAGGAAAAGGUGGUGCCUCCCAGAUGCAAACUGGCCACGCUGACCCCAGAGAAGCCAACGCAGGAGAGGCCAUCCCGAGCUGUGCUGGAAAACCCCGGCUUCUCCCCAAUUGGACUUAUUUUGAUCUCUUCUACAUUUACAUUUAUUCCAAUCUACUCGCUGAUGCUGCUGUGUUGGGCAUUUGGGGCCGCAGACAGAACUCUCCACCUCUACCGGAUCCCCAAGAACCGUUCAGUAGAAAAGGCAAUUGAAGAACAUGAGAAGUGCCAGUCAAUUUCUGUGGACAAGCCUCCUCACUUUGGAACUUGUCAUGGCGUGCCCGGUGUACCGGAUGCCGUGAUAAAUCCAUUGGAUUUGAAAUUUACCUGCGUAGAGUCUGAGAGCCAGCAGCCCUACGCCAGGGACAUGGAAGAGGGAAUGCAGCUCAACUUGACAAAGCAAAAAUAUUUCACAGGUGAAAGAGAAAGCAAAUCUCUCCGGACUGCCUCUCUGAGAGCAGGCACAAGCACAGGGAAAACAACAAGAGAUCUCCUGGUAAACACCUUGGAUGACUUGAGAGAGAGCGAGUUGAAGAACUUCAAAUGCAAACUGACUGACAUUGAUCUGAAGGAGGGAUAUGACCACAUCCCUAAAGGGAAACUGGAGAAUGCAAAGUCUCUAGAGAUCACUGACCUCUUGAUCGGAUACUACACAAUGGAUUAUGCACUGGAGGUGACCAUGAUAGUGCUGGAAGCCAUCAACCGGAAAGACCUGGCAAGGAGAUUAAGAAGCGUAACAAGGACUGGUCAGGAAUCAGCCUGGCUGUGCCUCCCUGUACUUCAAACUGUUAUCCACAAAUACCCAUAUUCACCACCGUUAUAUAAUUACAAUAAGUUUUGUACAAUGCAUGCCUUGCAAGGUAUUUUAAAAGUCUUGCUCUCUUGAACAUUAAUAUCCUGUUGGAUUGUAUAUGUUCUCGUUAUGUGAAAUUUUGCUAUGUGUCUGUUACUGAAAUAUAUUGUGAGGUUGGGAACACCCCAACCAGCCUUUCAGGUACAACAAUGGAGAAGCCAGACAGUGGUUAAUGAUUCAUCCACACCUAUCAAGGAAAGCGCGCCCACGUACUGGCCGGUGGACGAGCAUCCGCCAAAAUGCCGAUUAUCGGUGGUAUUUCAGUGGCAACGCCUCUUGACGUUGCUGCUUGUCGGUGGAAUUUUGGCGAAUCAUCCGCCAUCAUGGUCCUCCAUGCUCGUCGUCUGUCACCUGCCAGACGAAAAAGGUUGGGGACCACUGGUCUAGAGGACAAAGACGUUGAACUGGGGAAGGGUGGUCUCAGGCUGGAAAGAGUCCCAGUCUGUGUAUUGAGGAUCUGUGACCUGUUUGUACCAUCCUUCAGGGUAAGACACUGCUUGAUUCAAAUCCUAUUUAGUUUGUAGAACUCAGAGUGCAAAUAUAUUUUUAUUUUUAUUUCUUAAGUAACCAGCUUUGAUCUCGACACUUGCUAUUUAUAAUCACUUAAA